AUGUCUAAGUUUCCCGAAGUUCAAGGUGGAGGCUCUUUGAUCUUGGCCUGGCAGAUCAGGGGGAAACACGUGCUAGUUGUAGGAGGGGGUGAAGUCGCCGCGGGGCGCAUCCUCCACGCCCUCAAUGCCGACGCACGCGUUACCGUCGUUUGUCCGGCCACUGGCCUCAAUGAAGAAGUCGCCUACCGAGUCGCCGAGAGCCAAGUAAUCCAUGUCGAUCGGAAUUUCGAACCCUCCGACUUAGAUGAUGCGGACAUGGUGCUGUGCGCCAUUGAUGACCCGGAGGCCUCGACGCAAGUCUGGAAACUCUGCAAGGAAAAGCGGAUACCCGCCAAUAUCGCUGAUGUUCCUCCCGAGUGCGACUUUUACUUUGGAAGCAUACACCGGGAUGGUCCUCUCCAGAUUAUGGUCAGCACAAAUGGCAAUGGCCCGAAAUUGGCCAGCAUUGUGCGCAAGAAGAUCGCAGCGACCCUGCCAUCCAACAUGGGAGCUGCUAUCAUGAAUGUCGGAAAGCUACGGAAGAAGCUCCGAGAGGUCGCACCUAACCAAGAGGAAGGGCCAAAGAGAAUGAAGUGGAUGUCGACGGUCUGCGAAUCGUGGAGUCUGGACGACUUGGUAGAGAUGACCGAACAAGACAUGGAUGGACUGCUAUCUCAAUACGGGCCAGGGACUGUGCCUACACUCCAGGAAGUGCGCAAAUGA